UCUCACUGUAACUCAGUUGAACUCAUAUAAUCUAUCAACAUGUCCUACAACUGCUGCUCUAGAAACUUCUCUUCCUGCUCACUUGGUGGUUUCCUGAGCUACCAAGUCCCUUCCUGUGGCUCUUCCUUUCCAAGGAACCUGGUUUACAGCACUAACUUCUGCUCUCCCAGCACUUGUCAGCUGGGAUCCUCUCACUACAGGCGCUGUCAGGCAACCUGCCAUGAGCCCAGCUGCUGCCAGAAGUCCCAGAUGGUGUCCAUCCCCUGCCAGACAUCCUGGUACUGCCCAAGGACAUCCAGGCUCUGCAGUCCAUGCCUGACAACUUACACUGGAUCUCUGGGCUUUGGUUCCAGAAGCAGUUGUUCUCUAGGCUGUGGAUCCAGAAGAUGCUACUCACUCAGUUGUAGACCUAGUACCUUCAGGCCCCUGAGUUAUGGCAUCUGUGGCUUUCCUUCCUUGGGGUAUGGCUCUGGAUUCUGCCACCCAACUUAUUUUCCUUCCAGGAGCUGUCACUUUUCUUGUUACAGACCAACUUGUAGAUCUGCUUUUUAUGCAUCAACUUGUUGA